AUGACUUUUGGACGGAGUCCCACGCUUAAUUGGAACACUUACCUUGGGAGUAAUGGGAAUUAUAUAUUUAGAACUAUGACAGAAAACAGGAAGAGAUCUCGUGAAGAAGACACAUGCGAAUUCAUGCCACUCUCUAAGAGAAUAAAUAACUUGCACAUAAAUAACAACCUUUCCAAUCAAACACUUAGUCGCUCUGCAGAACUCAGUCACGUUAAUGGGAUAAGCAACAGUGCUAAUAACGAAACACCGAUGAUUUCAGCUACAAACCAUCUACAGAAUCCCGAAAGAAGGCCUAGUUAUGACCCUGGAGUUACAUCAUCUCAGAGUAGAUAUUUUUAUGAAAAUAAGCUAUUAUUUGAAUUGCAUUUAGAAAGAAUACAGCGAUCGGGACAACAGUUUCCUUUUUGA